AUGGCUGUUGCUGAGGAUAUUGACCGGGGAUCUGCUGCUGAGGCGAUGGUUGAUGGAUACUCGGCUGCUGCUGUUGCUGAAUCGGAGAUUGUUGUUGAUGCGGCUGUUGCUGAGGAUGCUGAGGUUGAACUUGAUGUUGCGGCGGCGCAUGUUGCUGGAGUUGUUGAGGUUGUGUCUGGACUUGCUGUUGCAGUGCUGGAGAGUGUUGUUGAACCUGAGACUGUUGCGGCGAUUGAUGGUGAGGCUGUUGAUGCUGUGUCAAUUGGGGACGAGGUUGCUGAGAGUAUUGGCCUUGGUGUUGUUGUUGUUGCGGAAGAUGCUGAGCGGGUACUUGCUGUUGUUGGAUGGACUGUACAGAUUGAACAUUUGGCUGAGCAUUAUGGAUUUGAUGUGGCCUUUGCUGAGGGUAUCCAGGAUGAAAUUGUUGUCCAGGAUGAUAAGACUGAGGACGUUGUUGCUGAGCAUUUGGUUGCUGGUUCUGUUGUUGCUGAUGGUGAGGAUAGCCACCCGAUGGAUACUGUUGCUGCUGCUGCUGAGGAGCAGGUCUAUGCGCAAGAGAAAUAA